AAUAGCCAAAUCAUUCUCUAUUUUCCAUCAAGCAAACAACAAAAAAAUGUUAAUUGAAACAUUGGCCAUCCCUGCAGCACUCCUUGUGAUAUUCAUUUUGAUUCUAUCCUCUGCCUUGUUCCAUCUUCAAGAUGAUAGAACUCAAUUACCACCAGGUCCUUAUCCCCUUCCAAUUAUUGGUAACCUUCACAUGCUUGGAAAACUCCCAAAUCGAACCCUUCAAGCCCUAGCCAAAAAAUAUGGACCCAUAAUGUCCAUCAAGUUAGGUCAAAUCCCAACCAUUGUGGUUUCCUCCCCAGAAACUGCUGAGCUAUUCCUUAAGACCCACGACACUGUCUUUGCAAGCAGGCCUAAAACUCAAGCAUCUAAAUACAUGUCUUAUGGAACUAGGGGCAUAGUGUUUACUGAGUAUGGUCCCUAUUGGCGCAACGUGAGAAAGGUGUGCACCACAGAACUUCUAAGUGCAUCAAAAGUUGAGAUGCUUGCUCCUUUGAGGAGGCAGGAGUUAGGAAUACUUGUCAAGUCACUCGAAAAAGCAGCAGCCUCACAUGAUGUUGUGAAUGUCAGCGACAAAGUUGGGGAGCUUAUAUCCAAUAUUGUCUGUAAAAUGAUACUUGGCCGCAGUAGGGACGAUAGAUUCGACCUAAAGGGGCUUACCCAUGAUUAUCUGCAUUUGCUGGGAUUAUUCAAUGUGGCAGAUUAUGUACCUUGGGCAGGUGUCUUUGAUCUUCAGGGACUAAAAAGACAAUUCAAGCAAACAAGUAAGGCAUUUGACCAAGUGUUCGAGGAAAUCAUCAAAGACCACGAGCAUCCUUCUGAUAACAACAAGGAAAAUGUGCACUCCAAGGACUUUGUGGACAUACUACUGUCACUUAUGCACCAACCUUCAGAACACCAUGUCAUUGAUAGAAUUAAUAUCAAGGCUAUUUUGUUGGAUAUGAUUGCUGGAGCCUAUGACACAUCUGCUAUUGGGGUUGAGUGGGCUAUGUCAGAACUCUUAAGGCACCCAAGGGUUAUGAAGAAACUUCAAGAUGAGUUAAAUAUUGUAGUGGGGACAGAUAGGCCAGUGGAGGAGUCUGACUUAGCAAAAUUGCCUUAUUUGAAUAUGGUAGUUAAAGAGACCUUAAGGUUAUAUCCAGUUGGACCCUUGCUAGUGCCUCGCGAGUCCCUAGAAGAUAUCACUAUUAAUGGGUAUUACAUAAAGAAAAAGUCAAGAAUUUUAAUCAAUGCAUGGGCUAUAGGGCGAGACCCUAAAGUAUGGUCAGACAAUGUUGAGAUGUUUUAUCCGGAGAGAUUUCUUAAUAGCAAUAUAGACAUGAGAGGACAAAACUUCCAACUUAUACCAUUUGGUUCUGGUCGCAGAGGAUGUCCUGGGAUUCAAUUGGGUAUAACUACUUUUAGCCUUGUUCUGGCUCAAUUAGUGCAUUGCUUCAAUUGGGAGCUUCCAUUUGGCAUGUCUCCUGAUGACAUAGAUAUGACUGAGAAUUUUGGCCUUUCAUUACCAAGAAGUAAGCACUUGCUAGCUGUACCAACUCAUCGCCUAUUUAAUAAAACAUAAGUAAGGGUUCGAACCUUAGAAAUAAAGUGGGAAGAAGUUAUUUUAGCGAAAAUUUUCAUAUCAAAAUUGUCUGAUGGUCAGGAUUGAUGAUGUGUGCGCGCACUCAGCUUCUUUGCUGCAGGAAUUUGGAUGAUUUUCAUGUUUAUGUCUGAAUCAUUGUAAUAUAUAUUGAUAUUGAUUUUAUUAGGCUAAUGUAAAUUAAUGUUAAUUUUUUAUGU